UUUGAGUAUUCUGCUACUUUCCGCCGUACACUUUUCAACAUCUCACCGAUCUCGAUUUUUCAACCCUUCCACCCCAUUUUUCCCCCACCAAGAGGCACACUGCCUUUCAUCUGCAACAUCGUGUGGCCGUUGUACAUCACCUCUAUGCUCUGUUUAUUGUGACAGGGCAGCAAGAAAGCAAGGAUUUGUGGCCAUUCCUCAACGAACGAAUCUCUCAUCUCGACGAACAGAAAAUGACGACCCAGGAUCCAGGCCAAGGCGAUCCCUUGGAGAAGUUUUUUCCUAGUCUUCCGAUCCUAAAUGCCCGGACGGAGCUAGAUCAGGUCCUUCUUCCAUGCAUUCAUGACAAAGUGGUCGACUUCCUCAAGGAAGUCAUGCAUCAUAUGCAUGUCCCUAAUUCCUCAAUGGAUGCGAGCUUCCGCCGUUUUGACUUAAUGGAUGAGGAUUGCAAACUUUUUCUCCAGCAUGUAUCGGAUGCUGUGGGCCAUGGAGUAGAACGGCCUCAUCUGCUUGUCAGCGCAAUUGCCCAUUUGGCGGUUAAGGCCUCGAUUCGCACAGAUGACCAUAGCGCCAAGGCCAAAUACCUUCGACAUUUUCGCUGGGUAGCGAUGGGCAAGAAAGAUGAGGAGUCGCCGUACGAGAAGCAGCAGACCGCGAAUGAAGUCGACCACGCUCACCUCCCGAGAGCCCAGAUGCCAGGAAGUGUGCGGGCUGCGGAAGCACCGACUCAGAGCUGGCUGCGUGCGCUGGAUGUAUUGUUCGGACCGCUGGAAACAAGACCUUCGUCACGGCUUACUGCGGCAAAGCCUGCCAGAUAUCGCAUUGGGAGUAACACAGGAUCUCCUGCAACGGCCUUCGGCGAUUCCACCGCGCAGCAUCGACGUUCCAGGCGAUCUUUGCUCUCUUUCUCGAGUUUGCAACUGACCCUUAUCGGCAAUUUAUCGAGAUCCGCGAGGAGAACAACAUGAUUCAUGCGCUUCGCACCACCUCGGAGACGGAUGUGGGCCUAGGCUACCGGGGCGAUUUCAUUCUAUGCAGACAGUCGGCUUUGGAUGGUCCAUCUGCGCCUUCCAAGGAGGCCUGGUCGGCUGCCCUUUUCUCGUCGAAUUGCGUAGAAGUCACCCGAGGGGCUCUUUCCAUUUUUCAGCUCUCGGUUCGACCUACCGCCAAGUCGAUCUAAAGAAUCAUAGUCAACCCGCGGAACAUGCACAAGGGCUAGUAUACCUCAAAGGACCUGAUUCUCAACUAUAA